AUGAUCACCCACCCUGGGCUUCGUCGUCCUAUAAAAUUCCACCUCACCACCCAGCAAUCAGCCAGUCCUUUUCAUGAACAAACCAUAAGAGCCAAGAGAAGAUCACGGCUGCCUCCUCGCCCCUGGACUUAUGACAAUGUGACGAAUGCCCAACUCUCUCCGGAUAUACCUGCACCACCAGGUUUGCAUGCGCCUCCAAAUUACUUUCCUCUGUACUCCAGAAACAGAUUGGCACAUAAACGAUGGGAAACUAGACACAGGAGACCCAACUUCGUGCCCGGCUUACUUCCAUAUAACCCUGAAGAUGACCAAUGGGUCAAGCACGGUCACAGCGAUGCUGUAUCGCAGGUCACAAAAAGACUUCGUAGUGCGCUACGUUCCGGAGAUCCUCAUUCCGUCCUUCGAUCCUUCGUCCAAUUAUCAUCUGAAGCUAAUAGGACCACUCUAAUCAACAUCCUGGCUUGGAUGCCUACUACUACAUUCAUUGAGACGUUGCGCUGUUUGGAUCCGAAACACUUCGUCGAUCGCUACCACCGUCUUCAUGAAGAUAUUGGCUUUGUCAGGGCCGGACAACUCAGUCUUCCACAGGUUGAUAUUAUCGGCCAUUACAAGUUCUGCUCCCUUUUCCUCUCCUUAAUCAGAAGAGUCGUAGACGCUCGUCGUGAGUCAUAUCCGUUUACUAUUCUCGAACUACGCUAUCUGCUACGGGUUGCUAGGGGCGUUGGAAAUCUUCAAUAUGCGGAAGAUAUCUGGUUGGCUUUAACACCUAUGGGAAAAGGUCAUUUGGACCCAGACAUUAUUUGCUAUAACGACUUUAUGGCUGUGAUAUGUUGGGCUCCUUCAAGUCAUCCGGGGAAGAGGCGUAGGUUGAGAAAUACUGCAUGGAAUUUGGCCCCUCGUUCAUGGGUUCAACCGCCACUUGAUGUUCAAGAUUUCACUAUCGGAGCUCGUGGAACUGCGAAACGAGUUUCGACCCUCUUCCAUCAAAUGGUUGCUUCUGGGCAAAGAGGAAACGAAGAAACCUUCUCUCACAUGAUAAUUGGCCUAGGUCGUGAGGGAGACAUUCCAGCUGUUGAAUCUAUUCUGCAGCGUGUGUGGAACGUAAAUGUGCCGGAGCUUACAUCCACUGGUGGAAAUAGUGAUCUUACUGCCAGAAAGUGGCCGCCUGACUCCCAAUUUUACCCUAGCCAGCAACUUCUCUAUUCAAUUGCACAUUGUUACGGUUCUAACAAUGAUAUACCCACUGCUCUGAAGAUCAUUGACUACAUUUCCUCUCAAUAUUCGGUCAUGAUGAGUAAGGAUACCUGGCAUGAGCUUUUGAGAUGGGCAUAUGUACUUUCUAGACCCUCUUCACGUCCUCUGCGUUCAUCCUACAAAUGCGAUACAGCUUCCAUAGGAAAUCCCAUCCCUUCAGACGCCGUCUUAAAUUUAUUCAGAACCAUGGUUUCAGAUCCUUACAAUAUCCAACCCAAUGUUGAAAUGUACAAUUUGGCUGUGAGAACCGCCUUGUUCAAUCGAAAACUUCGGGAUGCAGAGGUCCUGAUGGAAGAUGGGAGAAUACAGCACAAAAAAGAAGUGCACAACCUCGGGCUGCUAAUGGACAAAAUGACUAUGUUGAGGGAAUGCGGACAGCAAGAUGAUCGUCAAUAUGACAAGCUGUCCCGUCUACUACAUCUCCAGCAGCUGACACUUCGCAAGAACCGAUUGACCAUACGGAAAUGGGUGGAAAAGCUCAGCACGACAAACCACAGCAGCUCUCUUAGGAGGAAACUCACGUGGUAUGUUUCAGAACCAUGGUUUCAGAUCCUUACAAUAUCCAACCCAAUGUUGAAAUGUACAAUUUGGCUGUGAGAACCGCCUUGUUCAAUCGAAAACUUCGGGAUGCAGAGGUCCUGAUGGAAGAUGGGAGAAUACAGCACAAAAAAGAAGUGCACAACCUCGGGCUGCUAAUGGACAAAAUGACUAUGUUGAGGGAAUGCGGACAGCAAGAUGAUCGUCAAUAUGACAAGCUGUCCCGUCUACUACAUCUCCAGCAGCUGACACUUCGCAAGAACCGAUUGACCAUACGGAAAUGGGUGGAAAAGCUCAGCACGACAAACCACAGCAGCUCUCUUAGGAGGAAACUCACGUGGUAUGCACGUGCGCUUCCUCGUCUGGUCAACUCUUGGAAAUCUUUCAUGCCGUAUCACAUUGGGUAUCCCAUUGCCACGGGACAUGUUCGCUUUUGGACCGGAUCUUUCGGCCACAAUCGGGCACAAGUUUGGAGACUGCGUUAUGGUGCAGAACUUACUGCGCAGGCAAGGAGGAACGGGAGGCGGAUAAGAAGAGCGGUUGCAUCUCCGAAGGACAAGCCUGUAGUGAACUCUGGUGGCCCUCCAAACAGAUCCCAGGACCAUGUUAAGAGCGAGCGGAGUUUAGGGGAACAGGCGGGGCAGGGGGAGAGCGAGCAGAUAAGGCGGAUGUACAGCAGGAAACAAUGGAAGUAUUUUGGAAGAAGAAGGAACUGGUUGGGAAGGAUACACAGAAUUGGUUUGAUGAUCAGGAAAAGAAAAAGACUCCUAAGUACUAUCAUUGAUCAGCGGUCUUGA